AUGCCCGCCAUCACGCAUGCUGAGCUGGCCUUAGACGAGCCUUCAUCGACUUACCACUACAUCUCAGCUUCCCACAUAUGUGCUGGUCUCACCAUCUUGUCUCUUGUGGCCAUCUUGCUCCAUGCUGUGUCCCAGUCGAAGCCGAGAAACGAAGAUAUCAACAAGUCUCAAAAGCAGGGACAAGCCUGCGAUCAUCUGGAUCAUUUGGUCAGUCAGCAACGACUUCACAAUCACUUCUUCCACGACCGGGUUUGGACCAUGGAGGAAAAGUCACGUGGGGUCAGCAGUGAUCCUACGGCUGAGGAGGGCAGGGUCAGCAGCAAACCGAGCUCAAAGGCUAGCUUCCCGGCCGGAAUUGCGAAAGAAGCAGAUGGAGACGGCCAAAAUGAAAGCAGUGGGCAGACACCAUCGACAGGCAACCCAUUUAGCCCAAGGAAAGACCUCAACUCAACAAGGUUCAUGCUGUCAAGGCCUCCGCCUCCGCCGCUGACACCCCCAGAACUGUCUCCAUCAGUUUUCAUCUAUGAUGAUCGCAGGAGGAGCUUCACUGGAAUGGGUUCAGCACAAGAACUUGAUGCUUCUUUCUUCGAACAACCCAACCCGGAUUACAUGUCAUCCACAGAAACCGAGGCGGCAACAACUACAGCAACACAAAGCAAACAAAUUGCGCGAUCAUCUCCGACACCCCGGAGGCGGUCUUAUACGAAGACUAUGCCCAUUGGUGUGCCGAUUUCAGCAACGAGUCCCGUAUCUGACGAAGCUGGCGUCACCUUCUCCCCCUCAUCAUAUCCGCCCACAUCGCCCUCGCUACCUGGACCUCCGCCAAUUCAUGGAGAACUUCUGGAAGAUGGGACGUUCCGAAAGAUCCACGUGCAAGGCGAAAUCAUCUCUCUGCUGGAUGGCAGCGGAGCCGGGUGGAAACGUCACACGAGGGUGUACGGGGGCGGCGUCUGUCUUGCCUGUGAGGCGUCCGGCGAGGAUGGCCACCACGGCGGCUUCUACGGCGAAAACGUCCUGCCCGAAGAGAAGCGGUAUUAA